AUGGAACAAGUUAUUAAGGUAUUGCUUUCGUUUUGCAAAGUUUAUUGCGGGAAGAAUUCUCCUUCUGAGAACGAAAUUGCUGCGGUGCUUUCUCGUUUAGACCGAGAGGGCACGAUAAAAACCCCACGUGAUAUACUUAAUUAUCAAAAGUGGGAUGCCUUUACCAUGGCUCUUGCUCAAAGAGCCAUGUCGGUUAGGAAGUCUGCUGAGUUAAAGACCUGGGGAUUAAUCCUCGGCGCUUUAAAAGCUGCCAGAGAGGAAAAGCAGUUUUCCGAUACCGUGCGUGACGUCCUCGGUCUUGGGCAGGAUCCAGGAAAUUCCUUUGGGGAUUCCUUGGAUCCGGGAGGCCCUAGCAGGCCGGGAGAAAGUGUUUUUUGCAGGAAUCCAGAGGACGGCUUAUCGGUUCAAGAGGCGCUGCCGCUGCCGUUCAUCGAUUCCCGUGAUGCGGCUCGGGUCGAGCAGUCGCCGGCCCCGGCCCCGGCACCGCCGCUGGCGACAGCUUCGGCUCGGCCGCUGGCUCCAGUCCCGGCGCGGCUGCCGGCCACGGACUUGCUGCAGGCGCCGGUUCCAGCUUUGCCACAGGUUCGGGUUCCGUUCCUGGCCCCAAAGGGAGCAGACCCCCUCCACAGCGCCGCGGCCAAGAUGGCGCCGGCCACGCCGCUCGCUUCUGCUUCGGGCACCACCCACCAGAUGCCAAUCACCGCUGAGGAAUGCGAAGGGGGAGUGUUGCAACACCCACCGUCGUCUUCGCCAAUCAUCGCGCGAGAGACUCUCGAGACUCCUCCUCUGUAUCCGCCUCCCUAUCCACGUCAAUCAUUGUAUCCUUCAUUGGAUGAUGUUUCAGGGGCGGAGAUCGGAGAAGGUUGUAUCCACCCCCCAAGGGGCGGUCCGUCCGUGCCCCUUGGUCCGCCCGAAGGAGGGGUUACAUCGGAAAAGCCAAUGAUGCAAGGGGGCGGGAUUGAUGGGUGUGCACGGAUCGAGGGGGGAGGAGAGAGUGGGCGUAUUCAAGGAGGGUCCAGUGGGCGUGUUCGGAUUGCUGAUUGGGCCAAGAUAGCAGAAACAUUAGAUGAGAAGGGCCUAUCAGAAGUGGUUCAUGCAUUUCCGGUUGCAAUGCAAGAUGACGGGGAAGCGAGAUGGGUUCCGCUGGAUGUGAAAGGGGUGGCGCGGUUGGUGGAUGCUGUGGAGAAAAAGGGGCUAAGAUCGCCUCUUACUUUAAAUGCCCUGGAAUCUUUAACAGCACCGGGACCGUUGCUCCCACAUGAUAUUGAAAAUCUUAUGCGCAUGAUUCUUGAGCCAGUGCAAUACACCCUCUGGAAGGAGGAGUGGAGCACUCAGCUCAAGACGGUGCUGGCAGCAGCGGAAAAUGAUCUGCUUCACCCUGCGUUUGGUAGUAAUUUACACAGGCUUAUGGGUACCGCUCCAGGAAGAUGCAGGACUCCCCACGGUCAGCUUGCAUUGCUGCGACGGGGUGAAGUGCUAGUAACUUCUGAAGCAGCUAUUGCUGCGUUCAGGAAGUUUGCUCGCACUGCAGCCCCUGCGAGCCCAUGGACAGAGAUAGAGCAGGGCCCAAAUGAAUCGUUUCAGGACUUUGCUAACAGAUUGAUGAAAGCCGUGGAAGGCUCGGACCUACCUAGGGCGGUGCAUAAUCCAGUGAUUGUGGACUGCCUUAAGCAGAAGUCCCAUGAGAGUGUGAGGGAUAUUUUGCGAUCAGCCCCUGGAAAAUUAACUACACCGGCAGAGAUUAUUAAGUAUGUUGUGGAUAAGCAGAAGUCUGCACCUCUGACGAAUGAAGGACUUGCAGCUUCGACUGAGCAGGACCUACAAGCGCUUGAGACACGAGUGAUUGCUACCCUUACCACCACAGGUUUUAGGGUUUCAGAGCAGAAGAUUCAGAGAGGUCCAGGAGUAGAAUACUUAGGAUACAAGUAUGGGCCUGAUUUGGUCCGACCUGUAGGCCUUAACAUACAAUUGAAGGUCAGCACUUUAUGGGAUGUUCAGAAGUUGGUAGGGGCUAUCCAAUGGGUUCGGGGUGCCUUGGGCAUCCCUCCACGAAUGAUGAAGCCCUUUUAUGAUCAGUUGAAGGGAUUGAACCCUAAGGAGCCCAGAGAAUUUACUCCAGAAAUGGCUGCAGCUUGGGAAGAAAUUAUGUGCACCUGUCUAGACAGUUCGCUCUCACGAUUUGACCCGGCUCGGAAUUUAGAGCUGGCUGUCUGUUGUUGUGAAGCAGGAGCUGCUGCAGUUUUGGGUCAUUCCCUUAGUGCAAAGCCACAACCAUUGUGGUGGCUGUUUUCCACUCAGCUCACUCGUGCCUAUACCUCUUGGUUAGAGAUUCUUGCGAUGCUUCUUAGGAAGUCUCGCUUGCUUUCUCUGCGGGCUCUAGCGAAAGAGCCAGAAGUAAUAUAUUUGCAGAAGGCCUUUCGUAAUGCCUCGCCACUCCCUGAGACCCUUUUUGCAGGAUUGCAAGGUUGGGGAGGGGAAAUAGUAUAUUCAGAUUCGCUCUCUAUUUUUGAAUUGGCUAGACCUCUCAAGGUUUCUCUUCGGUCUCGUGUUCUAACUUCUCCGAUAGAGGGGCCUACGCUGUUUAUAGAUGCAUCUUCAGCCACCUGCCAGGGAGCAGUGGUUUGGCAGGAUAUAAGCAAUGCUUGGAAAUCUGCUGUUUUUAUGGAUCAGACAGUUAGUGUGCAGAUGAUUGAGGUGAGGGCGGUUGCAUUAGCGAUGCGUCUCUUUCAUGAUACUCCUUGUAACAUUGUUACCGAUUCAGCUUUUGCAGCUAGGCUGCUGGUCCGUAUGGGACAAGAAGGACAGCCGAGUUCGGAAGCAGCAGGUUUCUAAGAGGAAGCCUUGGCUUGUCGUGAGGCUGCUAUAGCAGUUCUGCAUGUUCGAAGUCAUUCGGAUGUGCCAGGCUUUUUUACCACCGGGAAUGCUAUGGCAGACAAAGUAGCUAGUACGCUUGUUUUUACAGUGCGAGAAGCUCGCGACCUUCAUUCCACUCUUCAUGUAGGAGCUCGCGCUCUGGCUAGAGCUUGCUCUAUCCCUUUGUCAGUAGCUAGGGAUGUGGUUCACACAUGCCCUCAUUGUAAUUCAGCACCUACAAUAAGUGCGGGGGUUAAUCCUCGUGGUCUCAAACCUUUACAGGUUUGGCAGACAGAUUUUACUUGGGAACAGCGUUUUUCUCCCCGUGCUUGGCUUGCAGUUACGAUAGAUACUUCCUCCUCUGUUAUUGUGGCCACACAGCAUGCGAAGUCCAAUUCAAAAGCAGCGCAAUGUCAUUGGGCAGCUGCUAUUGCAGUCAUGGGUCUGCCUAGUCAAAUUAAAACGGACAAGGGUUCUUGUUUCACAUCUCGUUCAACACAAGAUUGCAUCCCUGGUAACUCUCAAGGACAAGCCAUAGUGGAACGUGCUAAUAUCCUCCUUAAGGAAAAGAUACGUGUCCUUGGGGAGGGGGAAGGAUAUAUGGGGAAUAUACCUGUCAGCAGACAAGCCGAGAUACUAGCAAAGGCUCUUUAUGCGCUAAAUCACUUUGAAUGUGGUGACAACAGGAGAACGCCUGUGCAAAAGCAUUGGCAGCCUAAGGUCUUAAGUGAAGGACCUUCGGUUAAAGUGAAGCAGGAUGAUGGCGCAUGGGAGCCAGGCUGGAUGAUCUUGGUUUGGGGCAGAGGAUAUGCAGCAGUUAAACACAGAGACUCUGGGAAAAUUAUUUGGGUACCAUCGCGAAAGGUAAAGCCGGAUGUCAGCGAGACAUCUGACAGCAAAUAUGUAGAAAACGAAGGGAUUAAUCAGGAUUUGAGUGUUUUGUUUGCAGGAGUUGCCCCUGGAGAAGUCGAGGCCAUAACUUGAGAAGCCUGGAUCGAAACAGUGAAAGGAGAAGUGAGACACAGAAGUCGUUCCUGUAAACACGCUACGGGAUGUUUGUAGCAUCUCUAUUCUUGGCGUUGUUUUGAUUGGUCUGCAGGUCAGCCAAUCGGAUCAAUGUCAGGAUGUUGAGUUGAUGUAAUGUUAGAAGGUUUGAAUAGUGUGUAAUGUGUGUUUUGUAGAAUAGAGUAUCUAUAGAUCUCUAUUGGCAUUAGGCCAUGGAGGUCAAGACUUGAGCCUUUCAUUUGCAGGAUUUGUUGAUGGGAAGACUUAAGCCCUGAAGUUCUAGCCGGGAGAAGAUCUCGACUAGGAUUUCUUCGGGAAUCAUCCUUUGAAGUAGCCAUCUGUGCCACCUGGAGCAGCAUUUUGUGUGGCACGGAAAAUGAGCAAGCAGGCUUGGUGCCAUGGCCACUGCCCUGGACAGAAUCUUCCAGUGACUGACCACUCGCAGAGAUUAGGGUAAAUUAUGGUUCUGGGAGCUUUUAACAUCUCUGGAAGGGACUACUAAAGGUGAAUACUCUCAGUCACUCUCCUCAUACUGAGGUGGUGAAGAGGCUUGAAGGAAUUAGUACAUCAGGGGAAUCUGACUGAACUCUGACUGCUUCGCCUAGAUAAGAGAUCGCAUUUGGAACAACCUUCAGAUGCCUAGAAGAGUAUUGCUAGAGAAGAGAGAAGGCAGACUCUUCAGUUAUUCCCCUCUCCCUUAAUAUAGCUAACCAAUACUGUUGGCCACAGUAUAUUUCGUGGUUUUUUUUUAAUUGAGCAGUGGUUGCACCUCUGAGGUGCACAGUGACUGGACAAAUGUCACUCAUUACAGACUGAAGCAAGGGGUAUAAUGAUUUAUCACGGAAAAUUUUCAAAAUUUUCGUCAAACGCUAGAAAUAGUUUCUUGAAGAUGUAGAGCUUAACGGAGCUGAACUAGACAUGGUCAUGAGAAAAAACCCCGACUUUGAAGUUGUGUUUAAUUCAGACAGCAAGUGGGAUUAGAUGACACUUGGAGGUCUUCUCCAAAUUAAAUAAUUCUGUGAAAAAAAAAAAAUACAUCUUGACAUAUCACAACUAUAUCACAACUUUGAUACUAUGACUAAUUUUGCUGGUUUUCUGGAAAAAGAAUAUUACAAUCCUGUGUGUGAAGUGUCCUGUAAUUCAGAGUUUAAUCAUCCAAAUUUUAGUAAGGCUGCUGAUCAAUCAAUAAUAAAAUGAGGUUAAAUCUAACACUUUUACAUAUAUUUCAGUUCCAGAAAAUAUAGUUGUAUACCAGUGGUAAUAAAGGAAGUGAUUGUUCCUAUUUCACUGUUGGCAUGCUAAGCAAAGAGUUUUCUGCUGUUUUACUCAAAAUUUUUCAUCAUGUUCUCUAGAGCAAUGCUUACAGGUUAAAAAAGGUGGAAACCUCAUUGGGCUUAGGACUCUGUCUCCACAGCAUACUCUAUUUUCCUACACUAUAGAACAUGUAGUUUUUGUAAAUAAUUUGAUAUCUGGAACUCUACAACAUAAUGACUAAAAGGAAUAGAUUUUUCUUGGACAAAGGGUGACUUUGAUCUCUGAAUAAGUAUAUUUUCUCAAAUCCAUCAAAAAAAAAUAUAUAAUCUUAGUAAUAAAUAUGCUCAUGAAAAUCUUAGCAUUCAUUUUAAAUCCUGGAAUAUUCACAGAGAAAUUAAUAACUCCAUAUUUGAAUGAAUAAUCUGCACUUAAUGGCUUGCAUUUUUUGGUUAUGUAUUUGAAACCGAAUAAAUUUUUUUUCAUGCUUGAAUGUUUAAUUCAACUCAUAUCGCUUGUAAUGCUUGUUACAAUCAUCUGAGCAUUGUGCUUUAAAAGUUGUACUAAUUAGUUGUACAAGUUAAUUUAGUAGGUUGCAGUACAUACAGCAGAUUAUGUACUUGAUUCUAAUACGAAAAGCUGAAAGUGUGUUCAACACCAAAAUUAUCUAUUAAACAGAUUUGAGAAUACUUUUAAUGAAGUACAGAUAAGAAAAUCCAUCUUCUUCAGGCUUCAUGAAUUCAUGUAUGGAGGAAAAUGUUAUGAAGUCCACUACUUAUCCCAGUAGUGGACUUUCCCUGUGCACUACAUCCUCUCAAUUAUGUGUAAUUACAAGUAUCUGAUUUGUUUACUGUUAUGCUAUAUUGCACUGUUUAUUUAUGUUUAGAAAGAUUUUUUUCAGUUUGCUUCUCAAAUGUGCUUUCGUCUCGUUUUAUAAACUGGUUUAGUCAUAGUUAGCAAAUUAUAAUUUCAUUAUUUCAGCAAGGCUUAAAGUAAUUUAAAUAAACUCAACAGCAGUGUA